AUAUAUAUAUGUUUUAUGUUGUACCAUUGUUGUUUUUGUUUCAAUAAAGUUGCUUUACAAAGUUAAAAAAAAAUUUAGUGUCUAUAACAUUUAAGUAACUUUUUUUUUUUUUUUAAUACAACCAGGGGCAGACUGACAACUCAUGGGGUCCCCGGGCAAUAGGGGAUCAUGGGGCCCCUGUGUCCUUGCCCAAACUCAAACUCAAAAAGCCUAUGAAAAGGGGACCAGGGGCAUCUCAUGGGGCCCCCCUACUGACCCCGGGCCCUCGGGCAGUGCCCGAGUUACCAAA